UUAUCUAAUGAGUUGUUGACUUACAGUGGAGACUCAUAACUCGCUUAGUCUUGAUGUCUUUCUCUACAGCUUCUGGGAAGAUGGGUGGUUGGGACAAGAGGAUCCGGCUGGCGGUCUGUACAGUGGGGAUCAUUCUGUCCAUCUAUGCUUACCACGUAGAAACCUCCAAGGAACGCGAUGCGGGGUACAGAGCUAUGUGUGAUAUUAGUGAUUCCAUUAGUUGUUCCAAGGUCUUCACUUCCAGGUGGGGGCGAGGUUUUGGCCUAAUGGAACACCUGUUUGGAAGGUACAGCGUGAUGAAUCAGCCGAAUAGCGUCUUUGGGAUUGUGUUUUACUUGCUACAGAUACUGCUAGGACAGACCGUAAGUUCAGUGUCCUUUGUUACUCUGUUGCUCACUUCUGUGGUGUCCAUUGCUGGUUCUUUGUACCUGGCUUAUAUCCUUUUCUUUGUCCUUCAUGAUUUCUGUGUCAUCUGCGUCUCCACGUAUGUGCUGAAUUUCAUCCUAUUUCUUCUGAAUUGGAAGCGCCUUGCCUACCCUGGCCAAACCCAGAAGGAUCAGGGUGAGAAGCAGAAGAAGAAGAACUGAACUGGACUGAACUUACUGGUUACCUGUACAGAACACUACAUCACUAAUGCUGCUGAUUGUCAUUUGGGUACAAACUGAACUUUCUAGAGUACUAACUGAACUUUCCAGAACACUAAGCCCUUGAAACAACAUGUGCUUUCUGUAUGCACUUUACUACUGAAUGCCAGUCACUUGUUCAUCUCAGGGCCUGAAACAGUGAUUAAAAAAAAAAAAAACUUAGCGGGAAUGAGAAAGUUGAGUAAACUUGUCCUCACUGUGACCAAAAGCCCCCAUUUAAGUUUUAUAUGAUGUUGAAGAGAAUUAAAUUAACGCCUUUAAACUGAGGUGUAGAACAGAGAUAGUCAAUAAAAUAUCUUUUUAUUUUGAAAUGAGCAGCACAUUGGCACAGUGGUCGGCAUUGCUGCCUCAUUGCUCUUGGUUCUAGUUUGAUUCUCAGCUGGGGGUCUUCUUUGUGGAGUCUGUACAUCCUUCCUGGUUCCAUAAGGGUUUUUACCAUGGGUUGUGGUAUUCUCCGACUUGCUAAAGACAUGUUGUAGGUAAACUGACGAUCAUAUAAAUAGUGUAUAGGUUUGCAUAUCAAGUGGCAUGCGGGCAUGCGUGUGUUUGCAUGUGUGUAUGCAUACAUGCGUGCGUGCAUAUGUACAUUCGCUGGUGGAUUUUUUUACCUUGUUUACUAUCAGCUUCUAUGUCUUAUGCCCACUGAGUGUCAGGAUAGCCUCUAGCUCCCCUUACAGCCCUGUUGGAUUACGUGGGUAAUCAGUAAAUUCAGUCUGACUUUACUUGUGAUGAAAUCAUCAAAAAUAUUUUUCUACUUUCUGUACAGAUGAUUUGAAAAUGACAUUGUUUCUGAAGACUGUGCCCCCCCGACAAAAAAAAAAUAGUAAGACAAACCAAGGCCUUUUGUACUAAAAUAAUAACUGGCUCGUCACUGUAUACCACAGUUUUGCUGAAAAUUAGUGUGUUGUGACCCUCAUAUGCUGUAAAGUAGUUUUGUGAGGCAAUGUAUACAGUGUCUAUGCUUCUGCAUGUUCUAGAACCAAGGUGACCCCAGUUCAGUUAUUGUUUGAACCAAAUGCAUUGAUAUAAUUAUAGCUGCUGUGACACACCGUAUUCUAGGCCACACAUUGUUUGCCAUUUAAUUUGACCUUGUUCAAACAGAGUGAAGUAAGUCUGAAGUUAGAGUAGUGGUUGAAGCAUUUACAUUAAGGGGGGAGAGGGACAAUUCCCCUAACUCAAGUGAAGGUUUUAGUUGAUGAUGUCUUGCAGCCAUUAGAGAUCUGCAAGCUGCCUGCAUUACCUUUAUGACAAACUCUGAUGUCACUGUUUUAUUAUCCGUAGGUGCAGGGAGGAUCAGUUUAUAUUCAAUAUAAGUUGCUGCAGCUGGGUUCAAAGUUAAGCCAUUGAUGAGAAUGUCUUGAAUCAACUAAAAAUGUUUGUGUUUAGUAAUUGACGUUUGUAAAGUUCCUUCCCACAGCCUUGAGUGACUUUCUUCAUAAAAAUGGAGGUGGAAGUAGAUGUGAAGUAAAGCAGGGCAGCGCAUGGUAAAGAGGUGUACUGUUUAGUUUGAAAUCUUGAGGUAAUUUCCAGUAUUCUAGCUGCAAAAGGCUUUUGCUGGUUUGGGAGUAUUGGAGAUUGGAAAAAUAACUUUUUCAUAGGAAAAGUAAACUUUUCCUCAACUCAUGGUUCACAUUGACUAAAAUAAAUUUGCGGAAAUGUAAGAACUAAAGAAGUAAACACAAAUUGAAUUUGUAGUAGGGAUAGCUUUAGGUAAGUACCUUGGAAAGAAAAAAAAAGUAUUUGUAGAGUCCAGAAACAUUUCAUUGGAAAUGCCUGCCCUGGAAAUACAAUCAAAAGGUUGUAAUGUGACUGUUGAUGUGCAUUUUGUUUUAGAGAUGGAGUAAUGAAUUUGGCUGCAAAUUGUAUAAAAAUAUUGACCUGAUGGCAUUGGCAAGCUGAGAACCAGCAUAUCAUCCUUUACCUUUAUGUGUCAGGGUGCUGGAAACCAGGGCUGUAAAGGAAUGUGGGUUGUCAUUUGUCAACAUAAAAGGGAAAGGUCAGACUUCCUACAAAGCUUCUUUUUCUUUUGUGGACUAGAGUUAAAAGGAUCACACUGAAAUGAAUUCCAAAAAGAGAAGAGGAGAGGAAAUGUGGAGGAUGACUGGUUUGACCAGAAGUGCUUGACUGGUGUGAUGCCUGACAGUACUUUUUUGGAAGACUGUCCUAGUGACCUGAUAUUUCACUUUUUGGGUUACGAGUCUCUGCAGGUGUCUGACUCAAGGGCAGAUGCUUCUCAGUGGAGGUAAAAAGGUCAAAUUACAAAUUCACACACACACACACACACACACACACACACACACACACACACACACACACACACACACACAAAGCCUUCUGCUCAGGCAUUGUUAGAAUCAGAAGUGUGAAAGGAAAGUACUAGCUUUCAGUUGGGAUUCAAACCCAGGAUCUCCAACAUUCCCUGCAUACAUGUCUGCCACUGGAAUAAUGAGCUUCUGGAAUGACAGGUUCUGAAUUUUUCAUUAAGAGCUUUUUAUUUUUGGCUAAGAAACUCAGCAUGGUGAUUAAGGUCAAAUCACACACACACACACACACACACACACACACACACACACACACACACACACACACACACACACACACACACACACACACUCACACACUCACAAACACACACACACACACACUUAGGGGCAUAAAGGAAAAUGUCUGCUGUCAUUUAGGAUUUGAACCCAAGACCACCAGCAUUACAUGUGACAAACAUGCACACAGCUGCCCGAUAAUAUUUAUUGACUAGGAGUUUUGAAAUUAAUCUUUGUCAAACAUUCCAAACAAGAUGGGCACUAAAGCUGCCUUGUAGAAUGCCAUUGAGCAUUGUAAGCUUAGAGGAAGAUAUAGCAACGAUGAAGCAGGGUGGCCUACUAGAACUAUACAAGAUCAAACAAUUAUGGUAGUUUAGGAUUGGAAUUUAGAAUCUUAACAGUUUUGUGGCUGAACUUAUUCAACAGAUGUUUUAGCAAUAACACACCAAUGGGUGUGAGUAACUAGCAUUACCCACACCCGGUGGUGGGUUAUUGCAGUUAUACAGUGUUACUAUUUAAGAACAAAAUUGCUUACUUUUUUAAGUAAUGUCUUUGUAUAACGGUGCCAUAGCAUUCUUUUAUAUUAUUUUCUGUUCUUCUGCAUUUUCUGAUGUACUUUGCAUGCGUAUGGGAGUUAUGUUCCCACACUUGCACAGUACAUUAGUGCUGUUCAAGAGAAGCAACGGACAAAAGAGAAUCUCUGUUGGUGUUUCUUGGGUCCAGUUCCUGCCAGCCCAGUGUUAAUGUUAGAAACCUGGACAAAAUGCAAUAUAGUGGGGGUGGAACAAAGGUCCAGAAAUAGUCACAGAUUUUUAUUGGUCUUAUAAACUUAGAAAGUUCCUUGAAGUAUAGGAUUUCUGUUGUUGUGCAAUUUCUGAAGGAUAUGAAUGCUAAAUCUCAAAUGUCUGUCAUUAUAUAAUGACUUCAAUCCCUAAUGGCUUGCUAGAAAACUGAUUUUUUUUUAAUGUGGAAAACACCAAAACUACAAGGAAAAAUCUGGACAUUCUGUGAAGAUCCGGACAGUUGAGGGGUACAAAAAUCUGCUGUGAUUUAAGGUGGUGCAGCACAGAAAUACAGGGUAAAUUGGGUACAUUUCUCUUUUUUUUUGCUUUUCAGAAUGUACCUGAUCUUUCUAGUAUUUUGAUCUGCCCUCUGUAGCAUAUUCCAGUAGAAAAGUCUGGCCGCUUAAUGGUACUUCAGCGUCCAGACUUUUUUCUGUUGGUAUAUGCUUGAUUUACAGUGGGCACGCUGGUUGGGCUGUCCAGUCUGUGCACGUUUUUGAAUAACAAUGAUACAUUAUUGUAUAAUUAUUAGUAUUAUUGUAUAAUUAUUAGUAUUAUUUGAAAAAAAUGACCCAAUCUUUCGGUUGUGUUUUCUGAAGUAUACUGGACAUACGCAUUCCAGUCUGUGGAACCCACAUCUGCUUCUGGAUUUUAUAGGAACGGUGUGGCUCAACUCCUCUAAACACUAACAUGUAGUCCUUUACUCUGAGGCUGUAUUUGACCGAGGCAUGGCUUUGAGAAGGGCUUCUGAAAAACAGUGAUGUA